AGCACGGAAGGAGGUCCUGCCGCGCCGCGCUCUCUGAGUGUGGGCUGUCCCCGGCCCUCCCACAGGACGGGGCACCCGCAGACAGUGACCGAGAUGGGGCUAGCGAGGUGCCCCGGAAGGAAAUGCGCCCAAAUGAAGCGAAGUGCAGGGAGAUAUUGCGGGGUUGUCUGGUUUUCUGGGUCUGUCUUUGGCUGAGGGGUCGGUGGGGCGGAUACAACUUGGAACCUCGCCCCUGGCUGCGGCGCCCGGCGCUAGAGGCUCUUCUCCCGGGCAGAGCCGCCCAGCAGGAGGGAAACCCACCCCGGGACCGCAGCGGGCGGGGGAUCUGCGGGGGCGGACGCGGGAGCGGCGGCGGCCUGGGCGGGGGGCGGCCUCCCGACGCCCACCGCUCCCUCCAACAGCUAACUGCCCCCCCCCUUGUGCCCCUAGAGAAAGCGGCUGCGGCUGUGGUCGGAGGAGCGGUGGCCGUGGGCGCCGUGCCCCUGGUGCUGGGCGCCAUGGGCUUCACCGGCGCCGGCAUCGCCGCCUCCUCCUUGGCCGCCAAGAUGAUGUCCGCGGCUGCCGUCGCCAACGGGGGCGGGGUCUCCGCCGGCGGCCUGGUGGCCACUCUGCAGUCGGUGGGGGCAGCCGGACUCUCCACGCCGUCCAACGUCCUCCUGGCCUCCGCUGGGUCCUUUCUGGGCGCCUUGCUGGGAGGUUCAAAAAAGGCACCCCUUUCCCCUCCAGCCCUUUCCCCUCCCUCAGCUGGACCUGGGGCUGAAGGGGACCAGCCAGGAAAAAACGCACCCCAAGUUAACCCUCCGAACCGCCCCCUCAGCUCAGAGAAGCAUCAGAAAUAAAGGUCACGUGCACACGGCC